GCUCACGGAUCUCCCCGAGAUACCAGAAAGGCACAGACUUUACAGCGCAUGUGUAGAUUUCACGAAUCUAGAUGGUUCACAAUAUGUCAAAGAAAUGCGCCAUGGUUUCUCUAUAGUUUUGGUAUGGGUGCAGUAUCUAUCUGGGUCACCUAUAAUUCUCAAGCAAAAGAUGGUGGGAACGACCUCGCUGGGUGGGCAUGAUGUGUCUUCUGAUCAGCCGUGGUUGCAGAAUGUUCGCUGCCAGCGACGAAAGGACCUGGCAUGUUCAGGUUUCUUUUCCACGACGAAGUGGAGAUUGAGGACUUCGAGUACGAUGAAGAGAGCGAGACCUACAGCUACCCGUGUCCGUGUGGGGACCGCUUCCUCAUCACUCGGGAGGAUCUGGAGAAUGGUGAAGAUGUGGCCACCUGCCCUAGUUGUUCACUUAUAGUGAAAGUAAUCUAUGACAAGGAGCAAUUUAUGUGCGGUGAAGAAGUUGCAGUGCCUACCACAAAGAAGGAGUUGGUUAAAUGCUGAUGGUCAUCUGAUGAACUGUGCUGUCCAUUAAAAAUGGGGAAGCUGAAUCUAAGAAGAUAAAUGUUUCUCACCAGCUGCUAAUGUACCAUGAGAGAAUAGUGCAACUGUUGUCAAAACACUGCGUACGUUUUGGUGCCUUCAGAGAUGCUUAAUAUAUUUAAAGACACAAUCUUUUUUGGAUGCAAUGAAAGCUGGCAAAAUUCCAGAGUUGCUGAAAUUGUCUUAUCUGAAAUAUUUAUUUUGAGCCGGGCAAAUACCUGCAAACAGUCAGUGGAUUGCAGACCCUGGAUCCUUCCUGAUGGUGUCCAGGAUGACGUAUGGGAUGCUGAAGUGCAAGAAUGCUACUUGAGGCAUUUUGUGAAUGAUGGAUAUGUGGUCUAUAUCAUAGACCCGAUCAGUUGAAAUUAAGCUUCUAUCAAUAUUUUCACUGGCUUUUUGUUUUACAAAGUUGCUUCAUAUCAUGCUCAUUGUAUUUGGAUAAACUUGUCAGCUAACUACAAUAUUGCCAUCCAUCUUGGUGGGUAAGGGUAAGCAAAGAUAAUAGCUGCUUUGGUGUUUCCAAACAGCAUGCAUCCUGGUCUUAUGCAUAGUUACCUGCACCUAAGUCAGUUGACUUCAAAUUUUCAGUUGGAUUUGUAGCUUCUAGAUACAAUUCUGCUAAAGGGCUUCAAUAAGAAUAUUUGUAGGAGUGUUAACCAUUUCCAUUAGUACCUUUACUUUUUAAAAAAAUUGGUUCGGAAGUUCAAGUACGUGGUUUUCUUGGACUACUUCCUGAUGCGAUGCUGUCUCAGUAUAACUGAAUCAUUGUUUGGAAUUCCAGGUAAUGUUUUUUAUUUUGCCUCUUAGAGUAUGAACAAGCAUAAGCUGGUUCAUCAUCUGUCAUCACUGUGAUAACCCAUUACUGGAGUUAGAGUAUAUAAAACCAGGUCAUGUGUCUAAGUUCCGACUGCAUACGAAAGAGCCCUUUUAGCAAGCCUUCAAGAUCAACUUUUGAUCACCAGCUUGUUAUCUGAUGUGUUAACUGCAAUUGCUUUUGGUGAUCUAUAGGUGGCACUAAAACACUGUAAAAGGUUGUGUUCAUAACAAACUUUUAAGAAACCAGCUUUACUUUUUUUGUAGAAACAUUUAACUUAUAUUUUCAAUAAACCUUAAGGUGUUUAUUUUUAAUUGUAGUAGGCUGUAUUGUAGCUUCACUGGGAUGGAUUUGACUGGAAACUGAGGCAUGUGUGUCAAAAAUUGCAUGGAAAUAUUUCUCAAGUAAUCACAUUAGGGAAUCUUUUGGAUUUGGGCAGGAGAGUAGCGGGAACUCCAUAGUGUACACUUCUUUGAAAUGUCAUGACAACCCAGUGACUUGCCAAAUCAGGUUAUGUGGAACUCUUCAGUAAGCAUUUUGAUGCUUUGCUUGCUGCAUUGGCACAAAAAUGAAUGCAAAUCUGAGAGGACUGUAGCUUCAACCACUGUAUUUCUUCACAACUAUAUUAAUUUUAACAUCAGUAUUUUGUGAGGUAGCAGCUGCUUGUUUUUAUGAAACCUAUAAGUGUGAAAAUGUACUUCCACUAGAAUAGUUGAAAGCCUGGCCUUAUAAGUCUGUUUUUAUCUGCCAGAUAGCACCUAUGAUACCACUUCUUUAACGUGGGUCCAUUCACAGAAAUUUACUAUGAUGUGUAUAAUGAUGACAUGUGUUAAGCCAAUUCACACUUUGGGCUAGACCUGCACAACAAAGCCCAUAGCUGAUUGUGGUCCUGUGGGCAAAUACCAGUUAUGUGUGUCCUUUAACCACUCUGAGAGAAUCUAAGGAUCACACAAUCUCAGCAAAAAGAGUGAGCUGAGAUGGUUGUAUCAAUGUCUCCAUCACUACUUCUUGUUUUCAGAGGUAUUAAUGAAAUUGGUGCCACUUUUUGCCUACCCUUGUAGUCCACCAACCAUUCGAUACCCUUCCUAUGAAUUUCUGGGAGUGUAAAAGCACAGUGCUGUUGCUCUCAAGCAUAGCUAGGAGGAGCAGCAAUGAGGGGUUGAGAAAUAAAAAGAGUAAUAAUAUCAUUAAGGAUGCUGAAGGAAAACACAAAGAUAAGGAAGGUAAUGAAGGCAGACAUGAUCUUACCGCAAGAAAAGGAGGGAGGACGCCAGAAGGAUAGACCUUGUCAGGGGAACAGUAGCGGUGUAAAGACAUCUGUGGCAUGGGAAAAGAGAAUUGAGGGGGCAGAGAGAUCCGUGAUGGAACAGGACGACUGUGAAGACACACGGGAAAAAUGGGCUCCUGAGAUGUGAACCGGCAAAAAUACCAGUUUGAGGGGUGGAAUAAGGUAUUAAUUAUGAGGGUAGUUUGGGCAAGGGAAGACAACAGACUGCAAUGGGCCGAAGAGUGGAGAAAGAAGACGGUGUUCAAAGAAUUGAGGUGAUGCUUCAUCUGGAGCAAAAGUUUUAAGAUCUAACCUGUAGUUUACUAGAGUUAUCUAUUUUAUUCACAAAAAAAUGUACGCUACCGUUCUGCCCUUAUAAGGGCCACCAAGGUGGCUAAUAAUUUAAAACCUACAUGAUAAAUCCCAUUUAAAAACCAUUAAAAUCAACCAAUCCAUACCACACUUCAUUAAAACAAUUUUAAAAGUUAAAAUACAGAACAUAAAAGCAGCAAAUGUAGCAUUGGUUUGGAAGGAGGGAUUAUGAGGGAGGGCCAAAUGGCAUGAUGCUCAUGGUCUAAUUCUCCAGUUCCCAUAUACUUAGCUUUCUGAAGAGGAAGUUUCUAAAGAGCAACUGGUCUUUAGACUCUUGCAGUGCAAUCCUAAGAAUAUCCCUUCUUUUUAUUGUCCUGCAUAGGAUUGCUCAGAAUCCUAAAACCGGUUCUCUAAAAGACAGUGAAUUGGGAUGUAUGAGCAAUUCAGGAUUGGGGUACAAUUUAACAAAGAGCUUGUGUGCUCAGAGGGAUUUCACACAUUAUGAUUUCUGCAUUGUAGAAACAGCCUCAAAUGGCAACUGCUUUGCAGCGCUGGCUUAUAAUAUUAGAAAAUUUCCCAAGACCAAGGCAAGCCAUCCAAGUGAUUCAUCUAUAUGUAAAGGCUGUCAUAUUGAGGCUUGUUCCAUUGGCUUCCACGUAGAGGAAUAUUUGGAGCUGACGUUGGUAAUAGCUAGCAGCGAGACGUGGUGAUGGCAGUAAUGUUAAAUUUGUCCCUCUUGUGCAGCUGUUGAAGACACAGGAGUCUUGAUGUACACCCCAUCCACCACAGCAGAGCAGACACACUAUUUCCUGGGUAGAAAUCAGCCUUUCCAAGGCACCACUAGCCCUAAUGGUGGGAGAGGGUGGGGUGAGACAGAACUCUUCCCCCCCCCCCCCCCCCAGUCCAAUAGUUUGAGUAGAGACAGUUCUUUUAAGGAAAUGGCAUAGGGAUAGAAUAUUAAGCCCCCUGCCUCAGGACCACUGCCUCAAUCCAAAUGCAUUUCCCAACAGCUGAUUUUGGAUGAAUUAAAGAUAUUGAAAAGGCUGACUGGAAUUAGCCCUAAAUCUUCCCAAGGUUCUUGAAAUUCUUAGAGAAGGAUUUCACACAUUUUUAAAUGGCAAAUCAGUCUCAUUAAUUAGCAAUUUGAGAAAAUAUUUGGGGAAAAAAUCUCCACUAAGCAUUCUUAGCUCUUCAGCAAAUGAGACCUAUUUUCCAUGAAGCUGAUAAUUCACCGGUGUGAGCCAGAGAAAUUCUGUCAGUGUGGUGGCCAACUGAAAGAUCUCAACAGAAAAUUUGACAACCUGCCAGGUUAAGCCAAACUCUUCAUUCAUAACCGGAAUCUGCCAGUCCCACACAGACUGUAGAAGGCCACCCAAAUGUAGAAUUUCCACUCAGGAAGGCCAACUUUCUCCUGCAUUCUCUUUUUGGAGUGUAAUCGGGCCAUGCCUUUGGUUUCUUUCCACACCAAACAAAGAAUGUACAUACUUUGUCUCAUUCAUUUUUUUUAAACUAUUCAGUUCUGACUGCAGCCCCUGCAAUAAUAAGACUUUUAUUUGAUAAAUUGGCCAGACUAUGCAAUCUAACAUGUUAACAAUAUAAAUAUUUUGCAGGCCCACUUAAUCUUCCUGUACAGUAAAUGGGAAAACAAAAAAUCAGCCAUUGUCAACAAUAUUUAAAUCUGAAUUAUUUCCGGCCUUCCAUUUAAGUUAAUUUAGUUUUCCCUCAGCAUGCAACCCCAGAUAAACAAUGUUUAAUGUUGGGUUGCCAUAGUUUUGACCAUUAUCUUGCCAUCUCUGAGUAUUAUGUGUGUCCUCCCAUCAAAGAUCAGUGGCAAACAACAAACAGCAAGAUGAAGUAAAUGUUUGUGAAAUUUUGUGCUUAGUAGUAGUGGAACAGAAAGGGAACUCAUAACUCAAGAGUCCAGUUUAGGGACACCAUGACCAGGUUAAUGAGGGAAAGCUUCCAACCUAUUGUUUUGAAUCUUAUGCACCACCAGACUAAAGAACUGAGGUGAAUGAUCUGGGAGAGACUCAUGUCUGUCACCCUGAGUUCUUUAGAAGGAGCAAAACCAGCGAAA